UGUUAUUUGGAGAAUUGCGUUAAAAAGCAACACUGCUUCAUACACGUGCAACCGGUAUUUUAUUUAUAAAAUUUUGCAAUACACUUUAACUAAAUUACAUUAAACAUUUAAAUUUAUUUUAUUAAUUAUGGGUAAGAAGGAUAAGAAUAAGAAGAAAGGUAAAGGUGCUGAAAAGACGGCAAUGAAAACGGAUAAGAAAUUGGCAGCCAAACAAAAGCGUUUGUUGGAGAAGCUUGGUGAGACUGAUAUAGCAGAGGUGGUAGCUAAAUUAGAGGCUGAGGAAACACGGCGUAAAACCGUGACGGAAGAGAUUUGUUCACCACCAACGCCACGUUCAAAUUUCACUUUGGUCGCUCAUCCAGAAAAAGAAGAGCUCAUACUUUUUGGAGGAGAAUUUUAUAAUGGUCAACGCGUUUGCGUUUACAAUGAUUUGUUUUUCUAUAAUAUUGCGAAAAAUGAAUGGAAGCAAGUGCAAUCACCAGCAGGACCAGCACCACGUAGCGGUCAUCAAAUGGUGGCUGUAGCAACGGAUGGCGGCCAAUUAUGGGUUUUCGGUGGAGAGCAUGCCAGUCCGUCGCAGCUGCAAUUUUAUCAUUAUAAAGAUCUUUGGGUGAUGCGUAUGAAAACGCGUACAUGGGAAAAAGUGAAUGCACCAAAUGGACCAAGUGCCCGUAGCGGUCAUAGAAUGGUUGCGAACAAAAAACGUCUAUUUAUUUUCGGAGGCUUCCACGAUAAUAAUCAGUCUUACCGAUAUUUUAACGACGUACACAUAUUUUCUUUGGAAUCAUAUGUUUGGUUGAAGGUCGACGUAAGUGGUGCCCUUGUACCAGCACCGCGUUCCGGUUGCUGUAUGGCAGCUUGUCCCGAUGGCAAAGUGCUUAUAUGGGGUGGUUAUUCAAAGGCAGCAAUUAAGAAAGAUGCCGACCGUGGUGUUGUACACACAGAUAUGUUCUCACUUGUGCCUGAUAAGACCAAUCCUGAUAAAUUUAAAUGGGUCACAGUAAAACCUGGUGGUUAUAGGCCACUGCCACGGAGUAGUGUUAGUUGUACGACAGCUCCUAAUGGUAAGUCGUAUUGUUUUGGUGGUGUCAUGGACAUUGAUGAAGAUGAGGAAGAUAUAAAAGGACAGUUCGGCGAAGAGCUUUUAUCAUUGGACUUAACUACGCAAACCUGGCGAUUAUUAGAAAUAGCUAAAAAGGAAAAAAACGUUAACAAGAAAAACAAAGAAACAACGGCGCAGGAUGUCGAAAUGGAAGUGGCUACAAACUCUGCUGAAACCACAAGUACAGAUGGCGUAUUUACCGUUACAGUGGCAGGACCUAGUAUAAGUAGCAACGCGUCUUUACCGAAAGUACCCAGUUUGUUUCCAAAUAGACGACCGAAGAAUGUGCCUUCACCCCGCAUGAACUCUGGUUUAUGCGUCUCCAAAGGUGUCCUAUACGUAUAUGGUGGGCUUUAUGAGGAAGAUAACAAACAAUACACAUUCAACGAUUUCUAUGCUUUGGAUUUGCAUAAAUUAGAUGAAUGGAAAUCUAUCAUUACCAACGAUAUGAACGCACAUGAAUGGGUUGACAGUGAAAGUAGCGAUUCGGAUGAGAAUGAUGAUGAAAGCUCUGAAAGUGAUAGUGACAGUGAUGACGAUGAAAAUGACGCGGGAAUGGAAACUGAUUAAUUGUUAAUUACAAUAAUUAAUAAACUCAGAUAUUACAUAGAUGUUCGUCUUUGUAAGUCUUUUAGAAAAAUA